UAGAAAACGGGACCAAAAUAAAUGUCACUGUGUCAGGUCCUCGGCUGCAAAAUCUUGUGUAAAUUGAAAAAAAAUCCUAUAUUAAGAUGGCAGUAAGUUCAACACAGCAAACCAUUAACUAUGGGAGACAUGUAUGGCCUAAUGGUAAGGAUGUUAAUGCUGGAAAUGCUGGAAAUGCUGCAGAUGAAAUACGUCGACAAAAGAUUAACUCGGUGUGGACAGUUAGCAUGGAAGAAAUGCUGAUUUACUUUGUGAAAGCCAACCCCCUGUUAUGGGACCCCAAGCACCCACACUUCACCAAGCCAAUGCUCAAGAGGAGGAAGGUUGAUGAUAUUGCAGCUGUUAUUCAAAGAGAUUCUGCACCUAAUGGGGAAUUCACUCUUACUGGAGAAGAUAUUUGGAGAAAAUAUAGAAAUAUGCGGAACUUCUUCCUACGAGAAGUGAAGCGAACAAGUGAGAAGCGACGUGAGUCUGGAGAUGAUGAAUAUACCUCCAAAUGGGUCCAUUUCAACAGACUGCGGUACCUGUUAACUCCCUUGAAGCUCAAGCUCAAUUCCAAUCAACCAGAUUUUUCCAGCAAUGAGGUUGGAAACAGGUAUUCAUUCUUGAAAGAAGAAAGGCAGAAUAUUAGCACAGCUGUAAAUGAGGAGAAUACCAGGCUGCAACAGGACUGGAGGGAAGAAGUGAGAGUUGGUGGGGAAUGGGAAAGUGUCCCUGAGCAAGUUGCCUCUACUUCCAAUAUGUCAGUCGGAUCAACAUCAACUUCUCAGCCUGUGCACGUGCCUGCCAGUACUGAACCCUGUGUACCACCAACAAAUCAGAGAAAGCCAAAAAAUCCUAGACUAAUGAAUUCUGACGAUUUACAAAAGGCUGCUAAAGUUUUACAGAGCUUUGAGAAAGAUCCAGGAGAUGUUGCUGAAAGUUUUGGAACCUUUAUUGCAACAUCACUUCGGACUCUGUCAGAAGAAAGUCAGCACAUUCUUAUAGCAAAAAUUACUCGGGUGAUGGCAGAAUUUCAUUCAGAAAAAUGAGAAUGGCCCUAAUAUAAUUCAUAUACUGUUCUGUAAUUCAUAGUCUUUCUACAUGAUAAAGUCUCUCUGAACCAGACACUGUCAACUGGACAUAUACAAUGAUUGCAUUUGAAACCGUCCAUUUUUUCCAAACAUUCCUGCAUUUUCAGUCAUACUUGCCCCCCCUCCCCAAGUCUGAAUUUAUCUUGGAAGCUACACAGAUUUUCUUACGGUUUGAUUCUCCCCAAGGGCAUAUGACAAUGCUGAUUGGCUGUUAUAUGACUCUUCCAAGGACCCUAGGCUGUGAUUGGCUCCUCUCCUCUCACUGUGACUUGGAUCCUCUCUCCCCAUCUAACCCCCAGUUCUUUUGUGUCCUGAUGCCAAAAUUUUGUGAUGUGGUGACAUUGCCUCAUUUAUUAAUAAAAUGUGCAAGAGAUAAAUAUUUAACCAUGCCUAAAGUGACAGCCAAACCUUUGGGGAGGAUAGAGAAGAGAAAAACCAUUGGUAAUGAAACUAAAACUUGAAAUAAUGAAGAUACUAGUGGUGACCUGGUGUGUAGUAGUGACAUAACACUAUUCAGAUAUUGCAGUGCUAAUGGACCACUUCAAACUUUUGUUAUGUUGUAUUUAUCUUCCACUCCACUUUCACUGUAUGGAAGAUUACAUUGAAAAUACAUGAAAAAGUACAGUACAGUACGAGAGGUUUACUGUCCUGUACUUAAUGUCCUUUAUUUCCUUCUACACAUUUCUGUCUCCAUUAUCCUAUAUUUUAUUUUAUAUUUUGAUGGUUAUACAAUUGGUUUAUUGGAAAAUUGCAAGAGUAACCAGAAAAUAUAUUAUUUUGUCUGGUUAAGAAAAUGUUUUUAACUAAGAA